AGUUGCGCGACCGCAUUUGGCGGGUGAGCACCCAUAGACCGGCUGACAAGCAGAUAGGCAGAUAGGCAGAUAUACUGACAUAAAGUCAAAGUGAAAGAAUUGUGUGUCGGUGCUUGUGACUUGAGGGCUUAAGUUCUUAGUUGUUACGCAAAAAGUUUCAGUGAACAAAAAUUCAGUGAUAUGUGGAAGCUCCGAUUUGUGGCUGGUGUGAUUUUGACUUGCGUUGCCGUUGUCUCGGCCCAAGACUUUGGCUAUGGUGGAGUGCAUGGACCGGAUCAUUGGCGUGACGAUUACAAAUACUGCAGCGGAAAGUAUCAGAGUCCGAUUAACAUUGAUGUGUUAAAUGUGACGAUGAAAGAGUAUCCCGUUCUGGAAUAUCUCAAUUUUGACGAAAUACCCAAAGAUGUGCACGUUACCAACAAUGGUCAUACAGUGUUGGUUACCAUGGACUUUAAGAAGGGCAAGGAGCCGCGUAUUAGGGGUGGGCCACUCGAACGCAAGACCUACUACCAGUUCGAACAGUUCCAUUUCCAUUGGGGAGAGAAUGACACUAUUGGCAGUGAGGAUCUGAUUAACAAUCGAGCCUUUCCCGCAGAGCUGCAUUGCGUUUUUCGCAGUCUGGACUAUCCAAACUUUGCAAGUGCCUUGGGCAAGGAUCAUGGUGUUGCCGUCCUGGCAUAUUUUUUCAAGAUUGACGAGGAAUACAACUAUGAUUAUGGAGAGUUUACGGAGCUUCUGAAGACUAUAAGCAGUAAAGGGAAAUCUUCAACCUUGGCGCAACGACUUCCCCUAAUGAAGUUUCUCGGAAUGGACUCGAUUAACUAUUUCAGCUACAUCGGUUCGUUGACAACGCCGCCAUGCGCUGAGGAAGUGGUCUGGGUUGACUACUCUGAGCCCAUAACCAUAUCGAAGUCUCAGCUGAAUCACUUUCGCGAAUUGACCAGCAAUGAUGAACACUUGAAGAACAAUUUCCGUCCAACACAACCGCUAAAUAAUCGUAUCGUUUACAAGAACGAUCCACCCGUAUUCGAAAUUGCCAAGCAGGGUUGGGGUGCGAUUCCCUUUGUGAAUGCCGCAAAUGCAGCGGACAGCAUUGCUGGCUGCUGGGGGGCAUGGCGGAUGAGUGUCCUGUUUGGAUUCAGCUUGCUGGCGAUGCUGCUGCUGAAGGGCUACGAUUUAGUGGCUUUUAAUUAAAGAGCGAUGCGAUGCGAUGCAAGGCCCUAAUCCAGACCGCAACGCGAAUAUUUGUGUGUGUGUUUUUGUUUUACAAACAUCACUCUCACGCUCAACAUUUUAAUUAAGCCUUGUAAUUUACGUACCUGUAUCACACACUGGCUUUGUUUGCUCGUUUGCCGCAUGGUUUGAGGACGUGUCCCGGCAAUUCAGAUUUGGCAGCAGGGGCUUUAUGACUUGACCCAAUAUGGCAUGCAUAAAGCAGACGCACACUUAUUUAAUAAUAAAAUAAGCACGUCAACAAAGUUUAUGUUGAACUAAGAGUCAACGUGGCAAGCUAUUCAUAAUUUAUGCAACACAUGGCACCGUGACUAUUUAUUUGAUUUAAUAUUUAUGCACUUACUCUCUCGCACACUAAAGUAUUAUGUCUGUGUCAAGCAUUAGUAAAACUAUACCUAUUUAUGGUCGCCAUUCAAUUUUAAUACCCAUACACUUGAUACACUUGUGAUUUACGCUAUAAGUAAGAUCUUGAUAUUGUUAUCAAUAAAAAUACAUAUUUAAACCAGUGUA